UUUUGAGUUUCACAACCAAAACAUCCCCUUCUACUUUCUACAUUAGCCUAGUACAAGAUAUAAUACCACCUAAUCAUCUUAGAAUAUAGAUAAUAGAUCCCAAAAUGUAUACUAUGCUCUAUGACAUAUAAGCUUAUAACCAAGCACGGAUAGAGGACAAAUAAUAUGGCUAUUAUAUUUAACCAAUUUUGACAUAAUAUAUGGAGUCUAAUCAAUACUUGCUGUAUGUGCCACAUCAGAUUUUCAAAUAGCCUAAUGGAUAUGCUAUAUUAGCACAUCAUCUAAAGAGAAUAAGUUACUAUAUAAGGCAGCUUCUAUAGGGUUGUCGAUUUUGUGUCAGAGUUGACUUGGAUACAAGAAAACUAUAAAUAUAAAGGGAGGGAGGGCUGCGAAUCCUCAUCUUUUCCACACUAUGGCUGACUGGUCCAAUCUUCACUUGGAUGUCCUAAACCUCAUCUUUUCUGAGCUCUCCUUACCCGACCUCCUUCGCUGUACUGUUGUAUGUGCCGCAUGGUUACGCGCUAUCCACGAUCUUCGUCGAUGCUGCCCCAAGCUUCACCACCAGAGCCCUUGGCUCGCAUUCUGUGGUAGUGGUGGCAACAAAGGUAGUGCCUCUGAUGACCCUUUCGCUGCCCACUUCUUUAGCCUCUCAGAGCAGAAGGUUUACACCAUCCCCCUCCCACGACCUCCGAUCCGUUAUCGUCUCUUCGUGGGUUCCUCCCAUGGGUGGCUGAUCACCAUCGACAAACAGUUACAGAUACAACUAUUGAACCCCAUCAAUGGUGCACAGGUCAACUUCCCUUCCAUCCUCACCUAUGAUCACAUUGGGCACAUCCUCGACCCGUGGGGGCGCAUCAGAAGCCACGCCUAUAACAUCUAUUAUGACCAACAACCUGUGGAGGAUCUUCCUAGGCUCAACUUCAAGGCCAUGCUAUCAUCGGACCCCUCACGAGGAGACUACAUUGUAACACUCAUCCACUACCCCUAUGGGGGCAUCUCCUUUGCUAGGUCUAGUGACAACAAGUGGACGACGAUGUCGUUGCCUGGUCUCUACGAGGAUGCCAUCUUCUAUAGGGAUCAACUCUAUGCGACAUUUGAUGGAAGGGUAGACAUUUGGGACGACCUCGAUCAAGAGUGGAAGACGGUGGUGCCUGAGCCAGAGUUGGUUGAUAUUUACCCCUUCUACUUUCCAUUUUGGUUAUUGGUUCAGACUCCCUCAUGUGAUCUCCUCCAUGUUCGAGGGAAGAAAGUCUUAAUGGAGGAGCACAAUGAUGAUACUGAAACUCUAUUUAUGAUAGUUUAUAGAUUGGAUAUUCAUAAUGGCACCUCCUUACAGGUCAACGUCUCAUCUACAUAUCUCUUUAUUUCGAUUAUAUAUGUAUAUAUGCAUAUAUGUUGA